AUGCCUCUCUUCCGCUCGUCCUCUCCUCCUCCGGCCCCACCUCCCGCUGAGGCCCCGACCCGCAGUGGCACGGGGUUCUUCUCUCGUGGCCGUGCCGAAUCCCCCGAGCCCGUCUACAACCAAUCCAACGGCAGCGCUUCUGUCCGUUCUGGGUCUAUUCGCUCAGGAGGGUUCUUCUCCCGCCGUCGUUCGUCCUCAUCAGAUUCGGCGGGUCAUCAUGACCUAAAGAAGGAUCCCUCCAUCGUCGCUGCCCGCCAGAUGGUGACCGACGCGGAGUCCGCGGAGUCCGCCGCCGACCGCGCUCUCAUGGAGGCGCGCGCCGCUGUGCGUGCCACCAAGGAACAUGUCAGGUUACUCGAGCAGGAAGCUUUGGAGGAGGCUCGCCGGGCCAAGGCCAAGCAAGCCGAAGUGAAGGUCAUCCAGAAGACCACAGGUCGCCUUGGUCGCCACGGCUGA